UAACAUUAAUUAAGCGAGUUGCGAUAAAAAUAAGGUUUACCUGGUGACCGCUGCACCCAAUAGUAUAAAUGCGCUUAUCUUUUGCAAUUGAAGAAUGAAAAAAACAAAAAUACAUUUAAAUCUAGUUGAAACGUUUACUUGUCAAAUAGCAUUUCCCAGCAAAAGUUGAGCGAACAUAUUGACUUGGAAAAUAUUUUUUAAUAAACUUCCAUACAUACGAUGAUACCUAAAUAUAUCAGUAGCGUGCAAGUAAAAGAAAUACUGACCUGGCCUUUGGUGAAUGCUGCUGUGGAAGAAGCUCUUAAAGCGAUUGAUUACAGUGAACUCAAUGCCGCAAAUUUAGAACAAUCAUAUAAACAGCAGCCACCUCGCACCAUUACCACAUGUGGAAAUGCAUCGAAACUAUUACUUACUAUGCCCGGCUAUGUGGGCAACUAUAAUGCAUUGAAUAGGAAAACAAAUGAUCACUUAAAGUGCUCCAGUACAUUAGCUUGCAAAGUGGUUACAUCGUUUACCAAUAAUCAAAAUUUGCAACCACCUCUACCCAACAUAUUGGCGAACAUCUUGCUUUUUGAUAUCAAUACGGGAGAAUUGCAAUGCAUUAUGGAGGGUACGCAAAUAACAGCAUGGCGUACAGCAGCUGCUUCCAUUGUGGCCACCAAAUAUUUAUAUAUGAAACGUUUCCCUCAGCGGUUCGAAACGAGCAUAAAACUUGCCAUAAUAGGUUGCGGAGUACAAGGUCAAAGCCAUGCUUUAGGCAUGUGUGCCACUUUUAACGUUAGUGAAAUAUAUCUAUGGAAUCGUACGCAGUCCAAAGCUGAUGAUUUAGCAUUAAAACUUCAAAAGUUAUAUUCGCAAAAUUCUGUGCAAGUUUUUGUAACAAAUACCCCUGCAGAAGCUGUAAGAGAGGCGGCAGUCAUUUGCAUAGGAACCUAUUCACCUAAUGCUUUAAUUAAUUACGAUAUGUUAAAGACGGGCGAUGUUCAUAUUAAUACGGUUGGGGCUGGUGCAGUGCAUUUUGGUGAAGUAUCGCAGGAUAUAUACGACAAUGCGGUAAUUUAUGUCGAUUCUCUGAUUAAUGCUCGUACAGAAUUGAAGGACUUAAAGGCCAAUAUCAUCGGUGAGAUUGGCCAAGUAAUACGUGAGGGCAAACGCACAGAAAAGAAAUGUUUAACUAUCUAUCAAUCAUUGGGUAUGGCUGCCGAAGAUGCUACCGUCGCCCAAGCAGUUUAUGACGCAUUAUAAAUAGUUAUAGUAUAUUUAAAUUGAUUGAAUUUAAUAGUAAUUAUCUGGUAUAUAAGAAAAUCAAAUGUUAAUGUGAU